UUAAUCUUCUUAAUCACACGCAUGCUAUACGUUUAACUCCCCAGUGGGACGCUAAAGAUUUUGUUUACAUUUUUAUUGAAGCAUGGAACUCAAUUCACGGUUGUAUUUUUCAGAGAAAACACCGACACUGUGGAUCUCAAUCAGCUGAAGAUGGUGAGGACAACUUCGUCUACAGUCCAGAGCUGGCGAUACAGGAAUGUUUACCCUCACAGAAGUAGCUUCUCUCAAUGACAUCCAGCCAACUUACCGAAUUCUGAAACCAUGGUGGGACGUCUUUAUGGAUUAUCUUGGAGUCGUCAUGCUGAUGUUGGCGAUAUUUGCUGGCACAAUGCAGUUAACCAAAGACCAAGUGGUUUGCCUUCCCAUUCUGGAAUCUGGGGAGGGUUCAGGAAAUCCGCCCACCUUCACCAUGCCGAGGCAAGCAGAGCCCACUUCUGCCACAAGGAAUGGAGUGAAGGUCAACAGGGUGACACUAGCAGCUGCACCAUUGACUUCUAAAGAUCUCCCAGACAGUGUGGUUCAGGAGAUUCAUGUCACACAGCCAGCUACAUUCAAAGGCAAAAAAAUAUCUGGCCAGUCCCCACCAACGGGAGUGCGGACAAACUUAGAUUUUCAGCAGUAUGUCUUUGUCAACCAGAUGUGCUACCAUGUAGCCUUGCCCUGGUAUUCCAAGUACUUUCCUUACCUUGCUCUCAUCCACACCAUUGUACUCAUGGUCAGCAGCAAUUUCUGGUUCAAAUAUCCAAAGACUAGUUCAAAGAUUGAGCAUUUUGUGUCCAUUCUGGGAAAGUGUUUUGAGUCACCGUGGACUACAAAGGCAUUGUCUGAGACAGCCUGUGAGGACUCUGAAGAAAACAAACAAAGACUCACAGGUACCUCCUCUUUACCAAAGCAUUUUUCAACAAGCAGCGAAGAGGGAAGUCCCAACCAGUCUACCCCUAUGCUAUCAAAAUCUGGGCUGAAAUUCUCAGCUGAGAAGCCUGUUAUUGAAGUCCCAAGCAUGACCAUUCUGGACAAGAAAGAUGGGGAACAGGCAAAAGCUCUCUUUGAGAAGGUGAGAAAGUUCCGUGCCCAUGUUGAGGACAGUGACUUGAUCUACAAGCUGUAUGUUGCUCAGACAGUUAUCAAAACAGUCAAGUUUAUUUUGAUCUUGUGUUACACAUUGACUUUUGUUGCUGCCAUCAACUUUGAUCACCUGUGUGAGCCUGAUAUCAAACAUUUAACUGGGUAUGCUAAAUUCCAGUGCACUCAUAAUAUGGCAUUCAUGUUGAGGAAACUCCUUGUCAGCUACAUUGUGCUUAUAUGCAUCUAUGGCUUAGUGUGCAUAUACACUCUCUUCUGGUUGUUCAGGCGCCCCCUGAAGGAGUACUCCUUUGAGAAGGUUCGAGAGGAAAGCAGCUUUAGUGACAUUCCAGAUGUUAAGAAUGAUUUUGCUUUCCUUUUGCACAUGGUUGACCAGUAUGACCAACUGUACUCCAAGCGAUUUGGGGUCUUUCUCUCUGAGGUCAGUGAGAACAAGCUGCGAGAAAUCAGUUUGAACCAUGAGUGGACCUUUGAGAAGUUGCGUCAGCACGUGACCCGCAACACACAGGACAAGCUGGAGCUCCACCUCUUUAUGCUCUCUGGAGUCCCAGAUGCUGUGUUUGAUCUCACGGACCUAGAGAUUCUAAAACUGGAACUGAUUCCUGAAGCCCGACUCACGGCUAAGAUUUCCCAAAUGAUAAACAUUCAGGAGCUGCACUUCUAUCACUGUCCUGCUAAAGUUGAACAGACAGCAUUCAGUUUUCUCCGCGACCACCUCAGGUGCCUUCAUGUCAAGUUUACAGACGUUGCAGAGAUUCCCACUUGGGUCUAUCUGUUGAAAAACUUGAGGGAACUGUACUUGGUGGGCAACCUAAACUCUGAAAAUAACAAAAUGAUAGGUUUAGAAUCCCUAAGAGAUCUGCGGCAUCUAAAGAUCUUGCAUCUAAAGAGCAACCUCACUAAGAUCCCAUCAAACAUUACAGAUCUAUCUCCACACCUCACCAAACUGGUGGUGCAUAAUGACGGUACUAAACUAUUGGUACUUAAUAGCUUGAAGAAGAUGAUGAACUUAGCUGAGUUGGAGUUGCAUAAUUGUGAACUUGAGAGAAUCCCCCAUGCCAUUUUUAGUUUGACCAACUUGCAGGAGCUGGAUCUGAAGUCCAACAACAUUCGCACCAUUGAAGAGGUUAUUAGCUUCCAGCACCUUAAGAGGUUGACUUGCCUCAAACUGUGGCAUAACAAAAUCAUUACCAUUCCAUUGUCGAUAAGCCAUGUCAAAAAUCUGGAGUCCCUGUACCUUUCACACAACAAACUAGAGUCCCUACCCACUCCUCUCUUCAACCUCCUCAAGCUGAGGUACUUGGAUGUUAGUCAGAACUCUAUUGUUGUGAUCCCACUUGAAAUAGGGUUCCUGCAAAACCUUCAGCAUUUUUUGAUCACUGGUAACAAGAUAGAGGUUGUUCCCAAGCAGCUGUUCAAAUGCACCAAACUAAAGACCCUUUGUCUGGGGCACAACAGUAUCUCUUCCAUCCCUGAGAAAAUAGGCCAGUUAGUGCAGCUUACACACUUGGAGCUGAAGGGAAACUGUUUGGAUCGCCUCCCAUCCCAGUUGGGGCAGUGUCGUCUUCUCCGAAAAAACUGCCUCAUCGUCGAAGAUCAUCUUUUUGACACUCUGCCUCUUGAAGUUAAAGAAAGCAUCAAUCAGGAAUCCAAUGUGACCUUUGCAAAUGGAAUGUAAGCAUACAUCUCACAGAGCUGAAUAGUGUCUUCUGUUGGGUCAUUAAGUCAUAUUCCCCUUGUGUGAUGGUAUUACAGUGAGAGGGCAGAAGGUCAUAUUCCCAUAAGGGUGGUCAGAUUUUAAUUAGGACUGCACAUCCGUGGAAAGGCUUGGUGCAGAUCUGAUUUUACAUGAAAGGAUAGAUGGUUUAACUUGUAGGACAAACAGCCAUAUGUUGGAAAGUGUAGAUUCCUGCUAACUGUGAGAAAUGUAAAGAUAUUGGCACUUUGGUCUAUGCUGCCCAUAAUACUAUUGAUUUGAGGAGAGCAGGCUGUUCAUCAAGGCUUUAAGGAAAAAUGGAUAUCUCUGAAAAAGGAAGUAACAUACAGCCUAUAGGAAUUAGACAUACCAGGGAAUUUCUACACUUCUGAAAAAAAGCUUUGUUUAUUUGUUUUAGUAAUAGGAUUCUUUUGAUAAAUCAUUAUAUUACUGAUUCAUAAACUGGUCAUGUAGACAUCCUGUUAACACUGCGGUUUUUGCUAUGCCAUUGUUUUUAAUGCAUUAAUUUGAACAAACAUAUAACUUACACAUGGCAACAAAAACCAACAGUGUGAGCAGAAUAGUUUGUCUUUUACAACAUGUGACAGUUUGUUUCAUGGGGUUAUGGUGUAAUGCUUUCCUUAUUACAUCUCUGGAGGAACCAUGGAAGAGCCAUACAAGUUUAUUCAAGAACAACAGAAAAGCACAAUCUGAGUGGAGAGCAUGUUCUAUGGAGGAGGCCAUCACUUAUAAGGAAAGGAGAAUGGCUUUCCCUGCAUGGCCCCCUGUGCCUGUACUUAGAGCUGUCUUGGCUUGAUAAGCUUCUGUGUGUGUUUGUGCACAAUUGCCUUGUACUUCACAAACUUGUUUAAUGUAGCUAAAUGAACAAACUUUUACCUCUCUAGAAUUCCACAUCGGCCAGUGAUCCUCUUUUAUUUGUUCGUAUUAACAGUGAGGCUAGAAUAGAGCUGUGCAAGUGCAAGGUACAAGUUGGGUUUACUAAUGGGGAAAUCAUCUGAGUGUACCCCAUCUGUUUGAAGACAUCUGAGCUAAAUACAUCUGAAAUGAUUAUACAUAAGUACAAAUACCUAUUGAUAAGACACAGAUAGCAUUAAUUCCAAAUGUAUGGAGUUUAUUCCCACUUUCUGGAAGGCAGUGCAAAGCUGGAGAUGCAGUUUUAUUCACAUCAUGUUCUUUGUGUUUUUUUAAUCUUGUGUUUUACUGUUAGAAUGCAACAAAAUCUGUUUCUGUGGGUUUCAACUGUAUUUUGACCUCUGCAGCAGCUGAUUCAGUUAACAGAUUUUAUUCUUCCUUUGCCAUUCAC